GGGAACCCCGCAAGGCGGAAGUAGACGUGAGAACGAGGCAGGAAGCGGUGGUGACGUCACCACACGUGCUCUCCCCCUCACACGAGGGACGCAGCGGCAAGCAGCGAGCAUGGGUCCCGGAGGCCACAUCAACAGGCCUCGCAUGGAAGUGAGGAAGAGCGUCGUCAGGCUGCGCCGAACUCUCAAAAGGGAUCGACUGUUCAACAAGAAAGCUCGCGCCGCGUCGGUCGCACUCACGCAGCCUGCCCGGCCUACCAAGGAAACGCCUGUUUCUGGCAAAAGACGAAGAAAGCAGCUGAAGAGGCUGCGUCACGCUCAGAGGGAGCAGAACGCCAUGCAGGUGGAGACAGAGCCCCAGCCAUCGCUACUUGGUGAACAGCCGUUGGAGAAGAGCACCACCUCCUCGCGACGCAAGAGGAAGCAGAAACAGCAGCAGACAGCUGAUGUGGAGAUGACAGAAAACACAGCUGUUGUAGUUUAGUCAAUUCAUUGUUAAUAAAUAAAUGAAAUAUAUAAUAAUCUUGCCUUUGUAUUUCUUUCAAGAGAAACCUGUAUCAAAAGACGAAUAUUUAUGUAUGGAGAUGAGGCUUGUAUACAACCAACUCCUAACAAGGAUGCAAGGGAAGCAGGGGGAGGAGGCAAUGGGGGUGGUUUGCUCCCCUUACAAGACCCAGAAUAGCAGUGUAUGUUAUUGAUAGAAAAUACAUUGAUUUUAAUUUUGUUGGACCCUAAAAAAGCCCCUCUCGGGAAGUUUCUGAUCAGCAAGGACAUGAGUGCAACCCCAUGCCGCCUCUGCUCCCCUGUAAACAAUUACAACUUCAUUCGCACCGUACGUAGUUGGGGGAUUUUAUUAAACCACUUUUGAUCUGCA